UCAGAGGUCAAAGAUCAACGGUGAAUUGGAUUCGUGCGUACUUCGGACGCGUUUGCCUUUAGGUUAUAAUAAUAUAGUUCAGUAUAUUUUGUGCUGCAGAAUGAAUGGCAAAUUAACUAAUUUAAGUUGCGUUUAGUUGUAAUUUUGUUUUUAUUUGUGAAGCGAUUCUCAAACACUUCCCGGUUCGUGAUUAAUCGGGAGUUUCAUUUUUCGGAACGGCACUGGACUACGGACCAGAGGUGUAUAUGUGACUAUUUUAAGGUUAUUGUUUUUAAAAGCUAGUUAAAACCAUUUAAUUUAUUUACUUUAUAUAUAAAUAAACACAUUUUAAAAACAUGACAGCGGCUAUUUAUAAAGUAUUGUUACUACUGUGUUCAAUACAAUGCGUUACACAGUCAGUGUUGAGAUACCGUAGCUUUCAUAAUAAGGAUGUUUUCCGUGAAAUCAAAGACCACCGAAACAUUGCUGCCGAUCUUAUUAAACUUUCUGUGGAUGGAGCAGCCAAGAACCAAUCCUAUAAUAGACUUGCUGAGUUUGUAGACAAAUUUGGAUUUCGAAUAGCAGGUUCCAAAAAUCUGGAAAAUUCCAUUGACUACGUCAUACAAAAAUUGAAGGAAGACGGUUUGGAGAACGUGCAUGGAGAAACUGUGAUGGUUCCUCAUUGGGUUCGAGGAUACGAGUCUGCAAAAAUGAUUGAACCACGAAUUCAUCAUCUGUCCAUGCUCGGUCUAGGAGGAAGUAUUGGUACACCUCCAGAGGGAAUCACUGCUGAAGCGUUGGUAGUUGGCUCGUUUGACGAGUUGAAAAAACGGAGUUCUGAAGCCAAAGGGAAAAUAAUCGUCUUUAACGAGGACUGGGCUGGAUCGUAUGGUAAAACAGUAGCCUACAGAAGUGGAGCGGUUCCGGCGUCGAAAGUAGGAGGGGUGGCUUCUUUAAUCAGAAGCAUCACACCAUUUUCAAUAAACAGCCCCCAUACCGGAUCACAGCACUACAAAGCCAAUGUGAAAAAAAUUCCAACGGCUUGUAUCACUAUUGAAGAUGCCGAGAUGAUGGCUCGAAUGGCAGCUAGAGGUGAUAAAAUAGUCAUUCAUUUAAAGAUGGAUGCCAAAACUCACCCAGAUGUGAAGUCCAGGAAUGUGGUCGCUGAAAUUAAAGGGCGGACUAAUCCAGAGGAGGUGGUUGUUGUCAGUGGACAUAUUGAUAGCUGGGAUGUUGGACAAGGAGCGAUGGAUGACGGUUGUGGAGCCUUCAUAUCAUGGCAGGCUCUGUCUCUUGUUCAUCAACUUGGACUUCGACCUAAGAGGACACUGAGAGCAAUAUUUUGGACAGCCGAAGAAGAGGGUUUGAUUGGUGCACAUAAAUAUUUUAAUGACCACAAGGGGGACAUGUCUAACUUUGAUCUUGUAAUGGAGUCGGAUACUGGAACAUUUUCUCCUUCUGGUCUAGGUUUUUCUGGGAAUAAGGCAGCCACGGACAUUGUAAGAGCAGCUGUCGAUCUUUUGGAUCCAAUUGGCGCAACGAAUUUCUCUACCCAAGCUGAUGUCAGCGAUGUGGUAUAUUGGCAGGAUGCUUCAGUACCCACGGGAAGUCUGUUGGUGGAUACCAGCAAGUACUUUUACUUCCACCAUUCUAAUGGAGAUACAAUGACUGUACAGAAUUCACACGAUAUGGAUGUGGCGUCCGCCAUUUUUGCCGUUGUUGCUUAUGUUGUGGCCGACCUCGAGGAUAUGUUACCAAGGAAACCUACUAACAAUACAGACAUACGGUUGUUUGACUAAUGUAUAACAUAACGCAGUGGACUUUAUUUUGUAUAUUAUUUAUAUGUUAAUAUCCUGGGCCCAUGUCCAGGUUUGCUUCACAAAAUCAUGUAUCAGUCCCGAUAAUAUAUGCAUAUGUAACACCUUCUUAACACACACUUGUUUAAAAGGAGAACAUUUAAAAAUUUAGUUGGAAUUUGUAUACUAGAAGACUAAUCAUUAUGUAAAUUGUUUUCUUUGUAUAUUUUGAUUAAUGCGUAUAUGAUGUGGAUAAAUGUGUGUAUUUUGAUAUAAACAUUCCUUAAAGCAA